CCCCAAGCAUUGUUUUCUCUUUUUAGAUCUUUUAUUUUCAUCCACUCUCGAGGAUUUCCUCAAGUUCCCAUCUUUGUUUGGCUUUCGCAUCAGCUCCAUGGAUCGGGCCCAGCUCCUCCUCGUAGGAUUACCUCUCUUCCUCUUCGCCACCGAUCUCUUCAGCCUCUUCACUCCUCCGCCCCCAAAGCCGCCCCCCCAUCACCAUCACCACCAUCAUCCCCACCUACCCAAACCUCCAUUCAAUCCUGAAACCCUAGAUAUUUCUUUACAGAAACCCAGCGCUAUUGGAGGAAUCGGCUAUGGCAGCACGGUUAAUAUCAAUUUCUGCGCUUCAUGCUCUUACAGGGGAACUGCUGUGACAAUGAAGAAGAUGUUAGAAGCCCAGUUUCCUGGAAUUGAUGUAAUCCUUGAUAACUAUCCACCAUCAUUGCCGAAACGUUUGCUUUCGAAAGUGGUUCCAGUUUUCCAAUUUGGAGUUAUAGGGAUUAUGAUGGCAGGUGAACAGAUUUUUCCUAUGAUUGGGAUUACGACACCACCGCCGUGGUAUUAUUCCUUGCGUGCAAACAGGUUCGGGUCCAUUGCAACUGCUUGGCUUCUUGGGAAUGUAAUGCAGUCUUUUCUGCAAAGCUCCGGUGCUUUCGAGGUUUACUGCAAUGAUGAAUUGGUUUUCUCUAAGCUUAAGGAGGGAAGGUUUCCUGGAGAGAUUGAGUUGAAAGAUAUUAUCGCCAAAACAUUGGCUAAUUCAAGAGUGACUAGCAACCUUGGAGUAGUGUUGUCUUAGCUCUGUUGGAUUGAAAGCACUUGAUCAUAACAGGACAAGGUUCAGGUUUCUCUUUCGUUAUUACUUAGAUUACUGUCAUGAAAGCAUGUAAAAACACGGGUUCAGGUUUUACCUCGUGUAUCUGAACUUUUCGUUGCACUUAUAUAAGCCACUUUAUUCUAACAAA